AUGAGGACGAAGGUGGGCGUUUGGGACUGGGAGGAGCAUGUCUACAUCUUCACCGCGGUGACGGCUCCGAACCUCAGCUCCACGGUCUCCCUAGCAGAGUUGCACUCUGCGCUCGCCUCCGUGUCUCCGGUACUGCUCGUCGAGGAGUGGCAGCAUCGCCUGGAGCUGACUUUCACGACGAUGGACAAGGCGUAUGAUGCCCUGCAAGGUGAAUUCCAGAUGCCCAUGGACCUUAACAAGUUUGUGGUCAUGGCCGGCGAGAAGUGGAACAUGACCUCGAACGAGGCAAAGAGGUUCUUCCGCCUCUGCGACUUCGACGCCAAGGAGAAGAUGACAAGGAGCAAGUUCCUGUCCGUGAUGGAGGUGGUCAAGCCCUCCCUACGCCUGGAACACGUGAGGUGGGCGCGGGGCGGAGCUCGCGCGCAACGCAUUUCCGCCUUCGUGGAUGACAACUCGAAGAAUUGGAGCGGUUUCAACUUCGCCAAGAGGGAGCAAGCUGCGCUGCCACUAUAG